UUAUUAUGUAUUUCAUGAAUCAUUCCAGCUUUCAGAAUGGCCAGGAUACUCGCCCGCUUCGCGGCGUUUUUUGCUGGACUCUAUUUCAUCCCACUUGGCGCUUCGACAGUAUCAACGUUAGACUCCUGCCCAGACCAUUGUUACUGUUUCGUGGUGUCGCGCAACGCACCCCCACCGACUGCACUCUUGUCGAGUUAUAUUCAAGUAAACGACUGGGUAGAUGGUAGCAAGGCUAUAGCUUGCUGGGGAAGGAAGGACAUCCCACAACCGAUUUCUUCAGAUAUCAAGUACCUGAUACUAAUUGGAAGUCAGAAGCCCAAAAGACGUCGACAGAAAGAUUUACGGGUAGGUCUACGAUCACACACCCUAAGGGGAAGCCUGACCUUACGACGACCCCGGACCUACGUCAUCCCAGACCCGACACCUGUACGUCGAAGAAACAUCCGGACAGUCCCACACGACGCCCUCAACGGUCUACGAGAGAUAAUCCAGAUUGAUCUUCACGGAAACAAAAUCACGGAGCUGAGCCCCGCUACCUUUCAUGGGUUGUCCAACCUUGCGGCUCUUAAUCUGAACGAGAAUCGCAUUAAGUCUCUGCAUGCGGAUCUCUUACAUGAUGCACUUGCGUUGAGGACAUUCCUGGUGUCGGGGAACUCCCUUCGGUCCUUGCCGGAAACCAUCUUUCGCAACAACCAUCAGAUCGAGAGACUCGACCUUAGCGAUAAUAUCUUGUGGGGUGUUCCCGAUGACUGCUUUCAGCCUCUCGGUGAGCUGACGUUCUUGAAUCUCUCGUAUAAUCGACUGAAUGAAAAGAACCCGAUGAUCUUCACCGGAUUAUCGAAACUGAAGGAGCUGUUUCUGCAGUGGAAUAAAUUCACGAGAAUAGACCCGACACUGUUUUUGAGCAAUACCCACAUAAGGACAGUUGAUUUGAGUUUCAACCGCAUCAAAACUAUUGCACCGAAUGCGUUUCAGAAUCAACGUUAUUUGACAUUUUUAGAUCUGUCGGGGAACAUGUUGACGUCUCUGAGUGGUUUAUCUUUCCGAGGAGCUACUGCACUGAAAGAACUCGACCUAUCCUUCAACGCUGUUGAUGCCAUCAUGGGCGGUGUGUUUACUGAUUUAGCGAAUCUCACGAGAUUACACCUAAAGAACAACAGGUUGCCGAACAUCACAGCUGAAACUUUCGGUAACAUCCCGAGUUUAUCAUUUCUCACACUUACCGAUAAUAACAUUUCACAAAUCUCGCCAAACGCCUUAGCUGGUCUUGUCGCUUUGGAGUUCUUAGAUCUGUCAGGAAACAGUCUUAGCCAUCUUCAGAGUGGGGCUUUUCAAGGUCUUGUAGCUCUGAUGGAACUCAACCUUGCUGACAACAAACUUUAUAUCAUUGAGCCCGAGGCACUGAAAACAACGCCAUUCUCCUUUAUGUCUCAACUGACGUGGUUAAAUCUACAAGGAAAUCGACUACUAGAGCUUCAGCGGGGUGUGUUUCGUGGUGCUCCAAGCCUGCGAGUUCUUACUCUUUCCAGAAAUAGAAUCUCUCGGAUCGUACCUGAUGCCUUUGGGGGAUUCAACCGACUUCAUCGCUUGAUGAUGAGCGACAACACCCUUGGAAGAUUACCUGAUGGCGUAUUCAGGCUUCUAGGAACUCUUGAAACGCUUGAUCUGCAGAACAACAGCCUCACCGAGAUCUCAGACAGAGCUUUUCAAGGUCUAAGUGCCCUGAGCAACCUGAACCUUGCGGAAAAUAAACUGACCAAUGGGAAGAUGAAAUGGUUGAAACACAUCCAGUCUGUCCAAACUCUGAACUUGAUCGGUAACCGCUUCAGCGAGAUGUCUUCGGAGGACUUUGAGGUAGCAGGGAAUCUGCGCUAUCUGUACCUUUCCAACAACAACCUAACAAAGGUCUCUGUCAGGAAUGACUCCCGGCUCUACCUCUUCAACCUGACACUGUCUCACAACAAUCUUACAAAUCUUCAGGACUUCUCUGCUCACAUAUUGCCCGGGCGGGUGCUGGAUUUGGCUGGUAAUCCCUGGAAUUGCAACUGCCGCCUAAUCCAUUACCUGACUGAUCUGACCAGGAGGUCUAGAAUCAGAUUCGACAAUGAAUACCAGACCAGAUGCAACUCUCCAGAUCAUCUGCAAGGUGUAAAGACGAUGGACCUGGUCCGAUCAAAAGUUUCCUGCAUUGGAGAUGAACUCGUCAAUUUACCGAUGAUAACUGAAAUCACUACCCCCAAACCAGCUUCUAUUCUGACCCCUUCUCCUCCCAACUACAUGGAGUUAGACAGAUUGCGCUGGUCAUGGGUGGUGCUAAUAUGGGAUUCGGCGACGGACACACCGAUUUGCAACGGAGCCUUAGUAUCUCCAAGUUUCGUCCUUACCUCAUACCAAUGUCUCACACGAAUCACCAAGAUCAAGUCCUACUUGCGCCUGGUAUCAAGAUGCCCGCAACCUCUGGACGGGAAUUGCCAAGACAAGGUGUGGACAGCGCCCUCUAAUUUGGAAAUCAAAGUUUCAGCUGGACAAGGCACACUCACCAAGUUCCUCCUGGUUGCAGAAACGUAUCGCGUGUUGCGAAUGCACAGGGUGUUACCAGACGCAGCCCCUCAAGAGUCAGCGGUGGUUCUUCUUGAGAUGUCACCCUCGGUUGACCUUGCGGGACCUGCUUCGGCCAUCAAUAUCCUGGGACAGUCACCAGCGUUUGGGCAGCUGAUUGGCAAACGUGUCCUCGCAUCAGGGUGGUGGACUGACCACUCAAAGACACCGGAAGUUGUAGGAAGGCAGAAGCGACGGCAUUACCAGUUGACAUCUUUGCAGUGUGGAUCGUCCAAUGAGGUCCACCAGCCUUAUCUCUGUGGACAUCUCGAACAGCAUCUUGAUGACUACAAGGACUGGGACAGUCUUGGGACACCAGUGACGAUAAGGGAGCGCAACCAGUGGAAGCUUGUCGGUAUCUUGGUGAAAAAUGAGGGCGCUGUCGGCUUUAUUAAAGACGUUAGGCAAGAAGGUGAUAAGAUUCAUCAGAUUAUUGCUGGUAAUCCGCGUUCAGAACGUAUGUCACAUCCGUACUAGGAGCUGCCAAAAACUCUUUCACCUAACUACGGCCGUGAACUGUUUUAAAUCCUGCGUCCACCGUAGGUGAUUGCUGAAAGUGUUGCGUUUCCGGGUCAUCCAUCUGUCGGUCCCGUUCCCAAUCGCAAGAUUGAAUUGAGGCUGCAGCUGUAAUGGUACCUGAAGGGAAGUUGAUUGCAAUUUGCUGGACUUUGUUCUAGGCAUUACAAAUCCAUGUAAUGACUGCAUCUUUGAUGAUCAGCCUAUCAAUCUAAACCUUUGACUUAUAGGAAGACAUAGGCAAAAAUCAAUCAUUAAUUUUUAAAUCGGUCGAUGAAUUAAGUGUCAUGUUGUAAAUAAUAUUUUGUACUUAUAAACAAAAUUGUACAGUGGGUUAGUCUAUUUAUUCAUUUCCCUGAUGUAAAUAAUACCUCUGACUUCUGACUUGGAGACUUUUUCUUUUACCCAUCUUUUGGCUUAUCUCCUGCCCUAUGUUUAUCAUUCUCUCUUUCAAUCAUCUGGCUACUAUUUUAUCAAAGAAUUUUGUUAUAAUCAUGGGCUGGUCGUAUUGAUGGAGGGGGGGGGGGGGGGGCGGCUCUUGCCGACCCAAAUUUAUCAUGAUCAAGAAAAAAAGAGAAAAGACGGAAAUAAGGGUGAAAUAUGACAUUAUUUUUCGAAUAUUAUUUUGUCAAAAUCCAUCACAAACUUGGAUUUUUCUAUUGAAAAUGUUAAUAUUUUGCUCUCUCGCAACUUCUUAUUUUCUUAUAGAGGUGCUGCGUGUAUUGUUCUCUAUAGGCAGUGCACCCCCUGGAAUUCUGGUAUAGGAGUGGAAAAUUUGAUUUAGUGAAAUACUUUUUUUGUUUGCUUGUUUCUUUCUUUGAUUGUCAAAUUUCUCGGGAUCAAAAUAACCUUCACUUUUUGGUGAAACUCUUUUUUAGGGUUUUUUUUGCUUGUCAAAUCAUUUUACGUCAGCACCCCCGUAAAAAAUCGUUCCCAGGCCCUGAGCUUGCCCUGCACUUUGUUACAUUGUACCCAUGUACAUUGCAUAUUCAUUCUUUUAUCAUUGCUAUUAGAUUGUCACAUUGGCAAUUUGAUUAAUUUAUAUUGUUUGUUCAUGAAUAUUGUGAAAUUCGUAUUUUGGCUUAACAAUAAAUGCAGAAACUCCUGCGAAAUAACGUUU